CGCGCCGCCCGCGCUCCCGUCGCCCCGCCCCUGCCGCCCACCGCCCCUCUCCAGGACUCCCAGACCCGUUCGCGGUUGGUGGGUUCUCGGACGAUCCCGAGCGCACAGUGAGCCCCCGGAAGCCGGAGCGGGCAGGUCAACGGGGGAGAGCAGUAGAGCGUAGCAGAGCCUGCCCUGCACGCCCAGGGAGAAGGAGGAAGGAGGCAGAGUUAGGUGAGGGAGCGCGGAGUAAGUGAGCUGGGGACCGACUCCAGCUCGGGUUCAGGACCCAGACUGGUCCGCCCGGUCCCCAAGCCGGUGUUACACCCCCGAUCUGUAAGAAGACAGAGCGGACACAUUGACGGAUCGGAUAAGGGCAUAUGGCCUCUCCAUUCCUGUCCGCUGGGGCCACCACGGGUGACAGCAGCGGAGAGAUGAGCUCUGGGGACGACUCCGGUGAUGUGGAUUCCCUCCAGAGCCCCGAGACCGAGGCGUCCAAGAGAUUGACAGAGCAGUUUGAGAAGGCUGCAGCACACCUCCAAGGCCUGAUUCACGUGGCCAGCAGGGAGCAGCUUUUGUACCUGUAUGCCAGGUACAAGCAGGUCAAAGUUGGAAAUUGCAAUACUGCUAAACCAAGCUUCUUUGAUUUUGAAGGAAAGCAAAAAUGGGAAGCAUGGAAAGCACUUGGUGGUUCAAGCCGGAGCCAAGCAAUGCAGGAAUAUGUUGCAGCAGUUAAAAGCUUAGACCCAGGUUGGAAUCCUCAGUUAUCAGAGAAGAAAGGAAAAGAAGCAAAUACUGGUUUUGGUGGGCCAGUUGUUAGUUCUCUUUAUCAUGAAGAAAUCAUCAGGGAAGAAGACAAAAAUAUAUUUGAUUACUGCAGGGAAAACAACAUUGACCAUAUAACCAAAGUCAUCAAAUCGAAAAACGUGGAUGUGAACAUGAAAGAUGAAGAGGGCAGAGCUCUCCUGCAUUGGGCAUGUGAUCGAGGACAUAAGGAACUAGUCACAGUCUUGUUACAAUAUAGAGCUGACAUUAAUUGUCAGGACAACGAGGGUCAAACAGCUCUACAUUAUGCUGCUGCCUGUGAGUUUUUGGACAUCGUGGAGCUGCUGCUCCAGUCUGGCGCUGACCCCAUGCUCCGAGACCAGGACGGCUGCCUGCCGGAGGAGGUGACAGGUUGCAAGGCCGUGUCUUUGGUGUUGCAGCAGCACACGACUGGCAAGGCUUAAUCAGAAGAUUGGAAAGCCACAGUCUGUAGCAGCACAGGGCUUCUGUGAUGGAAAAAAAUGGCGAAAAUAAUACUUCUUUUGCCACCCAUCUUUGGUGUACACUGGCUAAUAAAAUCAGUUCUGAGGAACGGGGA